UGGCGUCUGGGUGGGGCUCCGGGCCCAGGUCUGGGGUCGGAGGUCGGGGUUCGGGCUCUGGGGUGGGCGCGGGAGUGCUCAAGGCCCGGGCGGGGUCUGCACGGCAGGGCCGCGGGGCGGUGGUGCUUGUUGCCCCCGGGCCGUUGGGCGGUGUCCGCGGUUCCCGGGGUCGCGCCCGCAGCUGAGCCUUGGAAGCCCCUGGGAGGGUAGCGCGCCCCGUGGGCGGCCGUCUCGGGACUCCUGCGCCGCGCUGCCGCGGGGACGGCGGUUCUGGGGCGGCCGGGGGUGUGGCCGCCGCGGGUCUGAGCGGGCCGGGCAGUGGCAGCGUCUUGUCCCGGGGUUUACUGGGACGGGCGGCGACCGGGAUGUCUGUGUUGUUGGAAAUCCUCGAGCCGCUGCCUCUGGGAGUUUGGGCCGCGGGACCACGGACCCGGCAGUGCCGGCGUCUCCGCUCUGGGAGCGGGUGUCCGCUGAGAGCCCACCGCCACGCUGCGAGGGGGGCUUCUCCCUGUUCUCACUGUCGGGGGCGAGGGAGCGCCCUGGGGUCUCUGUGUCAGAGCAGCAACCCCACCAAGCGGGCUCCGGCCCGGGAGCCCAGUCACCUCCAGGGCUCUCACUCCAGGUCUCAGUGGGACUUAGGUUUUGACAGAGGAACUGGGCAGGGGGCACCGGCUUUGGCCCACUGUAGCCCCUCACUCCAGGAAGUUCUGUCUGUACACGAACCUUCUCACAGGGGCCCCGAGACGACAGGGGAGCCUCAGUGCUGAAGCCGUACUUCCCCCGGUGCGGCUGUCACUUCUGUGCCCGUUUGCGUGGGUCACGCCAGUGCUGUUAGCCGGAAAGCCCGGGCUGGCUCCAGGAGGCAGUGGGCAGCUGGGCAGUGGGUUGUUCAGAUGGGGCGGGAGGGGCUGGCCCCAGUACCCCGUCCUCAGGUCACACCCGUGCUGCGCCUUCAUUCUGCCCCUGGAGAGCAUUCUUGCCGUGGUUUCCACUUUCUUCCCAGAUGUGACGCCCACUGUCCGCGAGAGCCGGUGAGCUCUUUCUGAGCCGACCCCCCUCCACGCUCCGCUCUGCGGGGACGAGCUGCCACACAGCCUGCGCACAGCCUUCUUGCUGGCGUGCGUCCGCAUUGGUGCUUGGAGUCACCUCAGCAGCCCUCGCGGCUCGUGCUGCCCCUCCCCACGUUCUCUGUGGGGCUUCUCUGCUUUCUGGCUUUGUUGUUCCACAUAGGUGGCAUCUGGCCCCUUCCUGUGUGUAUUUCCACCUUCAGAGUCAUCUCUGCACCCAGCGUGAGGUCAAGAGCCACCCGUUCCACCGACGGAGGUGGCCAGGUGCCCCAAAGUCCACGCUCUUCUUGCUGACCUUUCUCCCCGGAGUUCCUUCUGGUCCUUUGGCAGGCCAAAAGAAUGUUUGAAGGUGAGAUGGCAAGUUUAACUGCCAUCCUGAGAACGGACACCGUGAGAGUGCCCAAGCCCAUCAAGGUCCUGGACGGCCCGGGAGGCAGCAGCCUGCUGGUGAUGGAGCACGUGGACAUGCGGUACCUGAGCAGCCAUGCUGCCAAGCUCGGAACCCAGCUCGCAGACCUACACCUAGACAACAAGAGGCGUGGGGAGACCCUCCAGAAGGAGGCUAGCUCCGUGGGGAAAGGAGCCGGGCAGGUGGUACGGCCCUUUGUGGACCAGUUUGGGUUUGAUGUGGUCACAUGCUGUGGAUACCUCCCCCAGGUGAACGACUGGCAGGAGGACUGGGUCACCUUCUACGCCCGGCAGCGCAUUCAGCCCCAGAUGGACAUGGUGGAGCAGGGGUCUGGGGACAGAGAGGCCCGGGAGCUCUGGUCUGCUCUGCAGCUAAAGAUCCCCGACCUGUUUCGCGACCUGGACAUCGUCCCAGCCCUGUUGCAUGGAGACCUCUGGGGAGGAAACGUAGCCGAGGACUCCUCUGGGCCCAUCAUCUUUGACCCGGCCUCUUUCUACGGCCACUCGGAGUACGAGCUGGCAAUAGCCGGCAUGUUUGGGGGUUUCAGCCACUCCUUCUACUCUGCCUACCACCGCGCAGUCCCCAAGGCCCCGGGGUUUGAGGCCCGCCAGCAGCUCUACCAGCUCUUCCACUACUUGAACCACUGGAAUCAUUUCGGGUCGGGGUAUAGAGGGUCUUCGCUGAACAUCAUGAGGAAUCUCACCCAGUGAGUGUCCCUGCUCUGGAUGGGCGCCAGGUCCCAGCCAGACGCCUGCGGCCAGCGCCUGCUGCUGCCCCCAGUCCUGUCCGGCAGGGCUGCUUCCCCGAGUCUUCACACAAACCUUUUGCUCCACGGCUGGGUAAAACCACGCUGGGGUGGGUGUGGGCCCCAUCGUGCGGGCCCCGUGGAAACGCUGUUGCCCGGAGGCUGAGCCGGAACGGCCAGCUGCUGCUGAGCGCGUGUUCCCUGGCAGCCCCUCCGUCUCCUCUCCGGAGCGACUCUGACGUGGGGAAGAUGCCUCCCGGCGGGUUAGACAUGGGGGUAGACCUGAAACCAGCACCGCCCUCGGCUUCUCGCUGCCGGGUUCACUGAGCACACUCCCUUCCUUUCCGGCCGCUCUGUGCCCUGCCACAGGCCGAGCAGUCUGGAAGCUGGUUCUGGGAGUGACCAAACUGCGGGUCCUGGGUAAGUUUAGGAGCCACUGAGUCCCUCCUGUCAGCACCCCAUCUCGCCUGCCCUUGUAAAGCUUGUGAGCUACUCCUUUGUGUAAAAGCUCUAACCCCGCGGCUCCCGCUUCACGCGGACUGUUCUGAGUGGCACUGAUGCUAAGAAAGCCUUUUGCAUAAACAUUUGAAUAAACUUUCACUGAUGUCAGUCAUGCA